GUCACCGGGCGGGUGCCAGCGGAAGUGACGUGUAGCGGCGGAGCGGCCUGGGUAACGGCCGGACGAACGAUGGCUGGCAUGUCGGCUCUGAAGCGACUGGCGCCUUUCGCUCACGUUGGAGGCCACCUCUUCAGAGGCCGCUGCGCGCGGGCGGUUGGAGCCGGUGGCGUCCGUCGGGCUGGUGGAGGUGCGCACAUUGAGCCGCGGUACAGACAGUUCCCGCAGCUGACCAGAUCCCAGGUGAUCCAGGCCGAGUUCUUCAGUGCGACCAUGUGGUUCUGGAUUCUCUGGCGCUUCUGGCACGACUCAGAUGCUGUGCUGGGUCACUUUCCUUAUCCUGACCCUUCCCAGUGGACGGAUGAGGAAUUGGGUAUCCCUCCGGAUGAUGAAGACUGAAAACGGAGGCUCAGCUCUUGCCAAAUGGGUGCACCCCAUGUUUCUUGUUAUGUUUAACAUUUGUCUGUAAACAUGUUUUGACUUUGCACCUAUGAUGGUUCCAAAGAAACAGUGCAUUUUAUAACAGCAUAAAGAAUAAUUAACACAUCAUGUCUAAUUUCUGCUUUUCCUGUUUCCACAUUUGCUGUCAUUCUGCCCCUUCUUCCCCUUAUACACUUUUAGUCUCAUCUUCCUUUUCCUUUUAUGUUUUAAAAAAUUACUUUUUCUUAAGCUUUGUUACAGUAUAGGAUCCCAUUUGUCUGUCUAUUGAUCAAAGACUUUAAGCACCAGCUCUGCUGGGCAAGAUAGAUAGGGAGCUUGUUUGUAGUUGCAAAAAUAAUUCUAAUGAAAAAUUUGAGCAUAUGGGAAUGUUACAUAUUGGAAUUGUGUGGAAAUUAACUCUUUCAACAGUAAAAGGUUAUGGCCCUUUCAUUUUGCAGAUCAGGAGGUUUUUCUUUCAAAAGGAAGAUACUGGGAGGAAUUCUUUUCCUCACAAAUCCUUCAGGGAUUAAGACAUUGUCAUUUAAAAUGUUUUUAAAUUAAUCACUGCAUGGAUAAUAGAUGUAAAAUAAAGCCCAGACUCUUAAAGCUUUUAAAAGAAAGCACAGGAGACUAUCUUAAUAAUCUUAAGGCAGACAAAAAACUUUUGGAGAAGAAACAAAAGUACUGAUUAAACAAUAAAUUUUAUUUAGCCUCAUCAAAAAUUUCUGCUAUCAAAAGAUACCAUUAAGGACUGAAAUAUAUAAGCCACUAAUUUGGGAAAAAUAUAGCAUCUGUAUCCAACAAAGGGCUUGUAUCUGGUGUAUGUAAAGAACCCCUGUAAUCAUAAAUUAGAUUGAACAAUCCAACUGAAAAAUGGCCAAAAGCCUUGAGCAGAUACUUCACAAACGAAGAUACAUGAAUGGCCAAUGAUCACAUGAAAAAGGCUCUUAAUGUCAUUAAUCACCAGGGAAAUAUACAUUAAAGCUACAGUAAGAUAUCUUUUAUACUUACUAGGAUGGCUAAAAUAGGACUGACAACUUUUAACUGUUAGUGACAGUUUGGAGCAACUAGCAACAUUUGCUAGUAAGAGUGUAAAACAGUACAGUGAUUUUGUAGAAUUGUUUGGCAGCUUCUAAUGAAGUUAAACAUGUGUAUCCUAGGAUUCAGCAACUGUAUUCCUAGGAUUUACUCAACAGAAAUGAAAACUAUAUUUCCAUAAAAGACAUGUACAAAAUUUUGCAUAAUAUCUCCAAAUUAGACCUAAUUGUACAUCAAUGAGAGAAUGGAUAAACAUAUUACAGUAUGUUCAUUCAACCGAAUAAUAAUUCAGCAAUUAAAAACAAGCUAUAAGACACGAUCAUUUAGAUGAAUCUGAGUCAUCAUAUUAAGCAAAAGGAGUGAACGUCACUUAAAAGUACAUAAUGAAUAAUUCCAUUCAUAUGAAGUCUACAAACUGGUGAAACUGUAGAGGUAGGGUGGGUAUAUACAGUUGUCAAAAUUCAUUGAAUUAAACCCUUAGUAUCUGCAUAUUUUUAAUUACACCUCCAUAAAAAUGUAAAAAACAUAAAAACCAUUGCACAUUAAUAAUUGCCAUCAUUCAAAACACCUUGGAAAUUGUUUUAAAGAAUAGGAAGCAUUAAGUCACAGUUAAGUGUUCCUGUUAAAUCAGACUACUAGUAUUGCUGUUAUUUUAAUUAGAAGUAGUUUACUGACAUAAAAAUUACAGCAGUUUUGAGUAUGUGGGGGUGGGGGGUGGGGACAAACAGUUAAGCUGUUGUACAGCUUGUUUUGUGUCUCUGGCUUUGCUAUGGACCAGGCAGAGGUCCCCGUCCUCACCAGGCCUCUUUGUUUCUCUGGGGUUAAUAGGUCUGCAGCGCUAGCCUCUCCUGUGUUCUCAUAUAUUUUCCAAUAUUCCUGCACACAGUCAUUAACAUUUUAAUGAUUAGACUGUAAGCCUGUUGAGAAAGCAAGGUGAUUUCACUCCUCUGCAAGGCCACUCAAAUGAUUGAUGCUCAGUAAAUGCUUGAAUAAUUGAAUGGACAAGAGCGAUGGAUUUGAAGCUUUCCAACUUUUGUUUCCCUGCAGGAGCCAGGUGAGAAUUUCAAGAAAUUAAGGACAUCAUAUUGUAUAUUAAAGUUGUAAAUUAAAGUGUGUUGGUCAAGAAUGA